AUGAAUUUAUUCAAUGCCUCAUCCCCAGCUCCUGAUUUCAAGAGCUUUUCACUCGAUCCCUACUCUUGGUUUUGCUUGUUGCAGCAAUUAGAGCUCAAGGACGAGGCACAUCACCACCACAGCAUUAUUGAAAAGCACUUUAGAUAUAUCACUUGCACUGUAACUGGAAAGGGCACGGUCACCACGCACCUCACAUUCAUCUUUGAACAUGUAACGAGAUAUAUUCAUAUUGCGUCCUGUUUUCAGAGUCACAUUCAGCUGAGCAAAUACAUCCAGAAAGCGGAGCAGAACAUCACCAUGGCUCAGAAAGGUCUUAGCUCGUUAUAUUCAUCACCCGUCCUAUCACCUCACGCCAGCACCGAGCAUCUGCCGAAAGACAAAUCGGGAGCUUCGUUCGAAAGAUCCGAUUCCCAAUCAAGCGUUGAUAGAAGCCAAGAGGAUUCGGAUGGGCGAGAAUACGAAUCAGACUCUUCUAAAUCACGCAGACAAGGAAAUUCAUCGUCACACACCGGAAAAAGUAACGAAGAUUCGGGAUCAGAGGCAAGAAAAUCUGGGAGAAGAAGCGUCGCUAGUCUAGGGACUUCUGUAAGUCAGGAAGAACCUGAUGGGAGAACGUCGGAUUCAGAUUCGGAAAGGUCAAGCAGAUUGCGAUUAGCGUCUUCAUCGUCUGAAGGAGACGCAGAAAAACUAAACUGUACAGUUUUAGAAUUAAAUUCCGCCACCAAAACAGGAGUGCGGAAAGAUAGUACAGAUUCAGCUAAAGGAAGCAGACCCUCCUUACAACGCCCAAGAAAAUUGUCACGGUCAAAAUUAUUGAGCAAGAUAGAGUCUUCUCCACUGUCGCAUUCAUGGACGCCUGGUGCAAUUGAAAAGAUUGUAAAAUCGUGGAGGGAAGCUAAAUCGCCUGAGGCGCAGGAUAAAACUAAGGAAGACGAUAGCAACCUUAAGCAUGUGUCUCACGUUCAGUUUCUUUGAAAAACGACGCCUGACAACUGCAACAUCGUUCGCUCAAAAAAAGGUUAGAAAUGAUAGGGAAAUACAAGAGAGAAAAUAGGGAUUCGUAAAAGGGCUAUGGAUGGUAAAAAAAAAUCGAUUGGCAACCUUUUACUCACGUAAAGAUUCUGGACAUUUUUUAUAGAGAGAUAUUGUUGUUUACAUUUCCGAGAAAACCACCCGGUUUCCUGUCCUUUGCGUGAGAUUUCGACGCGGAAUAUUUGAAAUUUUUCAGUUUUUAAUUAAUCUAAGAAUUGAACCAAGAUCUCCGGAAAAAGGUACUUUUUAUGAAAAAGAGAGUGUAAUAGAAUAAAAGGAACUUUGAUUUG